AUGCCUGGGGACGGGCUGCAGGUAUCCAAGGGGCCGAAUUCAAGUAGGAAGCUGCAGCUGCUAAGCCAGCAAAGCUGGUGCCAGGUUGGAGGUGGGGAGGCGAGUGCUGGAGCAGAAGGGCUGCCUCAGCUGUUUUUUCCAAUCGUUGAUGCAGCCGAGGUGUGUGUUGGUCACAAAGUUUCCCGUUCCCGACAGGUCAGGAGGCCCCUCCUCUCUGCUAACCGGGCCAUCAUUCCACAUGACCAGAGCGGCCCCUACGACCAGAGCGGCUUUGUCAGCGCCAUCCGGCAAGUCAUCACCACCUGCAAGCAGGCAGUGGGACCUGGUGGCAUCCACGCAGGCCCAGUCCAGAUCGUCAACAAGUUGCUGGCGUGGAGCGGCGUCAUGGAGUGGCAGGAGGCCAGGUCUGAGCCCAACAGCUGGUCCAAGAGGUGGCUGCCGUCCCACGUCUACGUGAACCAGGGAGAGAUCCUGAGGAUCGAGCAGUGGCCGAGAAAGCUGUGCAUGCAGCUCAUCCCGCAGCAGCUGCUGACCACGCUGGUGCCGCUGUUCCGAAACUCGUGCCUGGUGCAGUUCCACUUCACCAAGGACCUGGAGACGCUGAAGAGCCUGUGCCGGAUCAUGGACAAUGGCUUCGCUGGCUGCGUGCACUUUUCCUACAAGGCGUCGUGCGAGAUCCGCGUGCUCAUGCUCCUGUACUCCUCGGAGAAGAAAAUCUUCAUCGGCCUCAUCCCCCACGACCAGGGCAACUUUGUCAACGGCAUCCGGCGCCUCAUUGCCAACCAGCAGCAGGUCCUACAGCGGAACCUGGAGCAGGAGCAGCAGCAGCGAGGGAUGGGGGUCUAGUGGCUACCCCGGACUGGGCCCCUCCAGGAGUCACAGACGAGGCCCCUGCAGAGACUGGUGACACACUUCUGAGCAGGGGCCCCUGGGGACUUCGACUGCCCAGCAACAUGGAGGAUGGUGUCCUGAGGGCUCAAGGAUGGUCUCCAACCCUGUGUGUUUCCCCAAUAAAGCCUUUUAAAAACCU